AUGUUCAAUUUUGAGACCAUCAUACCAACAAUAUUUACUACAUCGUGCUGUUUACAAACUUGCUCACAAGUGCAGAAAAAUAAUGACGAUCCCUUGACUCGAAAAAACGGAUCGCUUUUUCUAACGAAGAACCAGAAGUCAAUGAAGCCAUUGAUUCCAGACAUCAAUGGGACGACUGUUGUCCUGAGAAACCUGCCACAGCACACCAACAAACCUGGCUGUCCCAUCAUCGGCUACAAAGUCAGAGUGAAGCAGGAGGGAGCAAAGAAGCCACAGGUACGAGAGGUCAGCGGCGUUCGAAAUACGAUCACCCUCCAGUACAUGCUGCCCAACGCUACCUACCACAUCAGACUCAUCAGUGUCCAGUGUGACGGGAAGGUGAAGACGAGCAAGAGGCUGACCGUUACAAUACCUGAUCCACAUCUUUCAGAUAUCGGAAAGCCAGCGAUCGUCAACUUUAAAGGGAAUGCCGAUUCGAUAUAUUUGGCGUGGGAACCUCCCAACAGUUCCAUUGCAAUCCGCGGUUACAUAGUGGGCUAUGGCGAGGGGGUACCUGAUGUGAACUGGCAGUACCUCGACGUCACACAACGAAACAUCACCAUCAGAAAUCUAAAGAAGAACACCCAGUAUCUGAUAACGUUGAGAGCCUUCCACAACGACAACGUACGCGGUCCACCAGCCAUGGAACUCAUCAACACUGUCAAAGAGAAAGGUCUUCUGCCACAUUUUUCAACUUCAUCCUAA